AUGCGCGCCACGAGCCCGCCAGCGCCGCUUCUGCCGCGGCGCGCGCUGCUCCGUUUAGGGGCCGGCCGGCGCGCGGCUGGCGCCACCGCCCGCCGCGCGCUGCCGCGCGCGCGCGCUGCCGCCUCCGCAGGGCGGGUCCUCGCCCUCGCGCUGCUGCUCCUGAGCAGCAGGAGGGGAACCGCGGCAGUAAUACCAAGAGUCUCCGAGGCGGGCUGCCGUCGUCGGAGGAGCGCCGGUCGAGACAACGCCGGCCCUCCAGGGCGUGCGUCUUUGGCGCUGGCCUCCCAGGGGCUCCUCGUGGGCCAGGCCGAGCCAGAACGCCAGAGUGCGUCUCCAGAUCGUGCCUGA